ACCCGAAGCCACUGCCGUGCGGAGACCCUGAGUGAAGCCACCGUCACCAUGUCUGACCACGAGGCAAAACCUUCAACUGAGGACUUGGGGGGUAAGAAGGAAGGAGAAUACAUUAAACUCAAAGUCAUUGGACAGGAUAGCAGUGAGAUUCAUUUCAAAAUGAAAAUGACAACACAUCUCAAGAAACUCAAAGAAUCAUACUCUCAAAGACAGGGAGUUCCAAUGAAUUCACUCAGGUUUCUCUUUGAAGGUCAGAGAAUUGCUGAUAAUCACACUCCAAAAGAACUGGGAAUGGAGGAAGAAGAUGUGAUUGAAGUUUAUCAGGAACAAACAGGGGGUCAUUCAAUGAUUUAGAUAUUCUUUUUAUUUUUUUCUUUACCCUCAAUCCUUUUUUAUUUUUAAAAAU